AUGGGUAACAAUCCCUCUACAAGCUCUAAGUCGCCGACUUCCAAUUCUAUUUCAUCAUCGGCCCAAGACUCACCGCGGGCUCCAUCGAAUUGGAGAGAUCCUAGAAAUUUGAUUCAUCCACAGAGAACACCAGCUGAGCCAUCAUUAAUUCAAACUCGCAGAAUCGCAAAAACUUCACACCGUGUUCCCAGCUCUUCGCAUGCUCCAAAUGUUGUGGGCUUGGGAAAAGAUUUAUCGGUAGGGAUGAAACAAGAUCCAAAGCCCGCUAUGAUUGAUGAACCAAGUAAGCCUGUAGAUGUACCGGUACCCGCCACAAAUCUCGAAAACGAUGUCUCUCGUUCGAUUAUACAAUCAUUUGAAACAUCUGGCCCUUCAACAUUCCAGGAUAUGUCUUACCAUAUUACCCGUCCUCCAAGGCUUCCUCUUCCCAUUGAGGAAGAAGUACAUACACCAGGAUCGCCAAUAAUUGCACCCACAGACCUAGAGACACCGUUUCAAGAUAUUGGUUCACUAGAAAAUGAUACACUAGCGCGUCGUACUUCUGGACUGAGUAAUACGACCAUAGAUGAAGAAGACGUUGAGGAGUUGCGGGUAGACAGAACGAAGGCAACCGUACCUAUCACCUUCGAAUGGCGUCAUGGUGGCGAAAAAGUUUAUGUAACAGGUACAAUCUUCCAGUGGAAUAAGAAGCAUCGACUCCAUCCAGUUGAAAAUCAUCCAGGACUCCUUCGAGCUAUCAUUCAUGUUCGUCCAGGUACACAUCAUAUACGCUUUAUCAAAGACUCCGUAAUGCAAUGUUCUCAGGAUCUUCCAACAACUGUAGAUUUUGGCAAUAAUUUGGUAAACUAUAUUGAAGUUAGUGCAGACGAUAUUCCUGAUGAUACCCCACUACCUAUAAAAAAAGAUACACAGGAAGACCAUCGAGCUUUGUCACCAGAUUCUCACAGUCUUUCCAUUCCAUCUGAGUCGAAAAAUUUAGGAAAUGUUACUACAACAAAGGCUCCUAAAUCUAAACCAGUUCCUUCUCAUGAUAAAUAUACAUCCCAAAUACCUCAGUAUAUAAUAGACCUUGAUAAGCCGGAGGAUUCUAUCGAGUAUAGAAAUGCAGCCUUGGCGAUUGAAAAACUACCAACGCCUCCAAGUUUACCUGGCUUCCUCGGCAAGCCAAUUUUAAAUGCAGCAACACCACUUAAGGACGAUAACAGUGUUUUGAUCAUGCCUAAUCACUCAGUUCUCAACCACCUCGCUACUAGCAGUAUAAAGAAUAAUGUACUUGCUGUCUCAGCAACCACUAGGUAUAAAAGCAAGUAUGUUACGACGAUAAUGUAUAAGCCUACUUGUGACGAAUAA